UAUUUCCAAGUUUCCAACUAAUAUUUUUGAGUUAACUUGUUAACAGUGUUGAGUAUUGUUCCUUAGAAAAUUGGUCUACAAAUACAUUACCAGUAGGUCUUCAAAUUCUUAUGGUACAGAAAUAAUCACAUAAUACGUCUUAGAUUGACGAGUUGUCUAUCCACCUGUUGACUAAAUGUCAAUAGACCAUUAUACUCCCAUCUAAAAUCAUAAAAUAUGUUAUUGGUGUUAUUAUGGAUAGGGCUGUGACUAGAGAACCAAUUUGGCAGAAGUGCAAAUUUUGCCAAAAUGCCACGUUUGAACAUUUGCAUCAAUUUGAACGACACUUGUAUGAAGUGCAUAGUAGAAGAAAAGAUGGUCAAUACUUUUGUGAGUAUGGUGGCACUAAAAUUUGCUGCAAAAUGUCUAAUGAAUCUGACUACAAAAUACAUGUUGUACACAACCAUGCAUUCCAAUCGGUAAAUUGUGUUAAACCUUACCGUAAAACAUCAGAUAAUAAACGGCCGACAAAUGAAUGGAAUUUCUACUCAGCUUCCCAAAGUCUUGCUACUGUUUUGAAUGAUCCAAGGCGGCCUCGAUCUAAAGAUUUCUUUACUAAGAUAUGGGGUGAUAAAUUCACUGAUACAAGUCCAAUUCCGCCACCUCAACAUUUACCUGUAAUAAGGCCUCAAUACUUCCAAACUUAUCUUAAACGUAUACCAAAACGACAUAAAAAACUUGUGGAACCUCAACAGAAAAAAGAUAAACAGGAUUAUCCUUCAGAAAUCCUUCAACAAUUUCCAAAUUUCCGAUUAAAUAAAUCAACAGACAGGGUAAACUAUGAUUUAUCUGAAGUUCCGCCUAUAUUUUUGGAACCUCAUUUUGAUCUCAGUAAACGUGAAACAUUAUUUACUGUAUUUCCCAAUAUAUUCAUCACAUCAGAUACCCAUGUAAAUGAUGUUACUGCUAAUAUUAGAAUAUCUGAUAAAUCUAUCCAUGAAAAAAAGUUGAGUCAUUAUUUGGAUACUGUAGAGGUAAAGAUUGCACAACAGGUUAGUUCAAAAUCGGAAGCAUUUUUUCAUACAAUGACAUCACAUGAUACUCUUAUGGAACAAAUUCAUUUAUCAAUACAAUUGGCUCAAAACCUACGUUGUAGAAUCAGACAAGUGAAUGAAAAAUUUGUGUCAAAACCAUUGUCAAUUUUAAAAACUAGAACUACCAUUUCAAAUCAUACCAAUAUUAUUGAAAAGUUGAAAUUAAUGGCUACAGUUUACCACACACAAACAACUAUUCAAGUACUACUAUCAGCUGCUGAUUAUGUUGCUGCUUUAGACUUAAUUUAUACCACUAAGGAUUUAUUAUCUAAGGAACUUUCUGGAGUCCAUUGCUUCAGGCAUUUGACAUCAGAAUUAAAUGAAAUUAUUAAAAUGAUAGAUGCCUUAAUGGCUGGUGAAUUUGAAAGAUGUUCAUCAGCAGACCUCAAUCGCCCAUUAGUAGGUACUGAUACAGAGGUUUUGGAAAAAGACAAAUUAUUUUCAAUACUAAUGGGGAUGUUACGUCGUAAAAAUUGGGCAUUUUUAGAAGCAUAUAGCAAAGAAUGUGAAACAGCAAUAAGUGCUGCAAUUAAAAAAAGUGUUAUUGAUACAGUUGCAAAUAGUGAUGUUGAUCAUCAGAUCAAUCAGUCGUCAAAUUUAGAAAGUUAUUUGCAUUGUUUGACUACUAAUGAGUGGUUGAAUAUGCUAGAAGACUGUUCUUACACUUUGUCUCUUCUUUUACGAAGAAUAAAGGCAGGAUAUAAUAUCAUGCAACAUGCUCUUAAUGUCAGUGCUAAAAAGUUCAAUAGCCACAAUGAAAAUGCUAUUGAGUAAGACAUUGGCUUGUUAACCUAUUAUUAGUUAUAGUUAUUAUAUAUAAUUAUAAUUAAUCGCUUAAUAUUUUAUUGAUGUCUUCAAUUCUUUAAUAGUGCUGAGGGUGAACAAGUUAGUGGUAUUAACGAACAACUUAAUGGAAAUGAUGAAUCCAGAAAUUAUUGUUUAUCAGAUCAAAAACAGUUGUUGCGGUUGUCUGAAUGUAUAAAACAUUUGAGUGAAUGUUAUGUAGAAGUAUGCCCUAAUCAAGAUGUCGGAUUUAAAAUAUUACAGACUGCCAUGCAAUCAGAGGCCAAUAAUUUCAUAAAAAAAUUCCACACAGAGAAAAUCAACAAACUGCAAUUACUUUUAGAUAGCGAAAACUGGCGGCAAAAAGUUGUACCAUCAGAAUUCCAACUCUUAGUUGAAUACAUUCAAACUACUGGUCAAUUUUCAAUGCCCAAACCAUUAUCACCAAAGACAUCUACUAAACCAGCUCAGAUAUUGAUUGUAAAUGAUGAAAGUUUUGCAGUGGUUGGAACUGUGUUACUUUUGAUUCAAAUGGUAACCGAGUACUGUACAAAGGCUGAUGAGAUAAAUUUGGCCGCACAAAGUUUGUUACGUUAUGUGUGCGAUAUUUUAAGAGAGUAUAAUUCUAGAUCAUAUUAUUUAGUAUUGCAAGCUAAGGCAAUAUCAAACAAGACUGGUCUAAAGAAAAUAACAUGUACUAAUUUAGUGUUAUCACUUAGAGCUUUACAAUUGUUACUAUGGAUAGUACCUUACAUACAAACACAUUUUUAUAAUUUUUUGGAAGAAUCUCAAGUGAAUACUAUACUGAAUAGAGUUAAAAACGAUAUAACAAAACACAUCAAAGACAUACAAGACAAACUGCAUGAUAUUGUUAAACAGAUAAUUGUGCAACAAAUGUCAAACUGGGAGGCUAAACCUCCUAUUCCGUCCAAAUCGUUUCAAAAUAUUUGCAAGCACAUAUGUAAACUUCACGAGGCCAUAGCAAGUAUAUUGCCAAAAAUUCAAAUUCAAUACUUGUAUAGACGAAUUCAUAUAACAUUUAAAGAAAUCCUACAUGAAUGUAUAAACAAAAUGGAUAAUACUAAUAAUGAUGGGMCCUUACGCGGAAUUGUGUCGUCUGAAUUAAUGUUUUACAUUAAGUCAUUAGAAAGCAUUGAUGCAUUACCCAAAGAAGAAAUGGCAUUGCAGUCAAUGAACGAUAUAUGGAAUGAAAAUUUCUUAACGAACAAUGGUCAUUAAUAAAACUACACAGAAAAAUUUAGUUGAACAAAUUUGUACCUAUUUUUUAAUGAGUAAACAUUAAAGUUAUUUUAAAAAUAAUUUUGUUUUAUAUACAAGUUGAUAUAAAAACUAACAUUAAACCAAUGUAAUAAUAGUCCAAUACUUCAUAAUAUGUUUUAUCGAAUAAGCUGUUUGUUUUAUUCAACAAUUUUUUUCUGUUUUAUUGAUAUUUUUAUAAUUACAUGAGAGAAGUUAUGCAUUAACAUUUAACCUUACAUCCAAUUACAAAAAUAUGUUAAUUUUUAUUCUAUAAUGCUAAUUAUUACUAUUAUACCUUAUUUUAUUUUUUUG